CGGAGGAAGCCUGCCAGGGGGACAGUGAGGGGCUGGGAGAGGCGUUGCCCAGGAUUGGGCCACAGAAGGAACAGAACAGGAGAGCAGAUUCAGGGGGUGGGGAAACUGGAGGGGACAUGAGGCAGGGCUGCAGGGUUUUCUGGGACAACACACUGGCCUGUGCCCUCUGAGGAGCUGCUGUGUGGAUGUAGAAAAUGGACCAGGUCUGGCAGGGAAGCGCCUUCAGGGGCUCCCUGGAGCUGCUGGCUGCAAAGAAGACCCACACCUCACAAAUCGAAGUGAUUCCUUGCAAAAUCUGUGGGGACAAGUCAUCUGGGAUCCAUUACGGGGUUAUUACCUGUGAGGGGUGCAAGGGUUUCUUCCGCCGGAGCCAGCACUGUGGCGUGGCCUACGCCUGCACCCGCCAGCAGAACUGCCCCAUCGACCGCACCAGCCGGAACCGAUGCCAGCACUGCCGCCUGCAGAAAUGCCUGGCCCUGGGCAUGUCCCGAGACGCUGUCAAGUUUGGCCGCAUGUCCAAGAAGCAAAGGGACAGCCUCCACGCUGAGGUGCAGAAACAGCUACAGCAGCAGCAGCAGCAGCAGCAGCGGGAGCAGCGGGAGCCACGGGAGCCACGGGAGCAGGUGGCCAGAACCCCUCCUGCGGGGGGCCAGGGGGCAGCCGCCCUCUCCUGCACCCUGGGGCUCCCCGAUGGGCAGCUGCCCCUGGGCUCCUCGCCUGACCUGCCCGAGGCCUCCGCCUGCCCCCCUGGCCUCCUGAGAGUCCCAGGCACCAGGCCUACCUACUCCCACAGCUUGGCCAAGGCCGGGCUCAACGGGGCCUCGUACCACCUCGAAUACAGCCCAGAGCGGGGCAAGGCUGAGGGCAGAGAGAGCUUCUACAGCCCGGGCGGCCCGCUGACCCCUGACAGAUACGGACUUCAUGUGGAGGAUCCCAGGCAUCCUGGGCGGGGGGACCCAGGACAAGGCCCGGACAGCUACCGCAGCCCCAGUUUCCGCAGCACCCCCGAGGCGCCCUAUGCCUCCCUGACGGAGAUCGAGCACUUGGUGCAGAACGUGUCCAAGUCCUACCGAGAGACGUGUCAGCUGCGGCUGGAGGACCUGCUACGGCAGCGCGCCAACCUCUUCUCCCGGGAGGAGGUGGCUGGCUACCAGCGGAAGUCCAUGUGGGAGAUGUGGGAGCGCUGCGCCCACCGCCUCACCGAAGCCAUUCAGUACGUGGUGGAGUUCGCCAAGAGGCUCUCGGGCUUUAUGGAGCUCUGCCAGAACGACCAGAUUGUGCUCCUCAAAGCAGGAGCCAUGGAAGUGGUGCUGGUGAGGAUGUGCCGGGCCUACAAUGCCAGCAACCACACCGUCUUUUUUGAGGGCAAAUACGGUGGUGUGGAGCUGUUCCGAGCCUUGGGCUGCAGUGAGCUCAUCAGCUCCAUCUUCGACUUCUCCCGCUCCCUGAGUGCCCUGCGCCUUUCUGAGGACGAGAUUGCCCUCUACACAGCCCUGGUCCUCAUCAAUGCCAGCCGGCCGGGGCUCCAAGAGAAAAGGAAAGUAGAACAGCUUCAGUCCAAUCUGGAGCUGGCCUUUCACCAUCAUCUCUGCAAGACUCAUCGCCAAGGCAUCCUGGCAGAGCUGCCACCCAAGGGGAAGCUUCGGAGCCUGUGCAGCCAGCAUGUGGAAAAGCUGCAAACCUUCCAGCAUCUGCACCCCAUCGUGGUCCAAGCUGCUUUCCCCCCACUCUACAAGGAGCUCUUCAGCACUGAAAUCGAGGCCCCCGAGGGGCUGUCCGAGUGACCUGGAGGAAGGACUCCUUUCCUGUCUAGAACCUGCUGGACCACCUCCCUGGACACCGCCCCCCCCCCCCCCCGCCUUUUCCUUUCCCGUGACCCUGGAGGGUGGCCCUACCUGUUCUUUGGGACUGAG